UGACACUCAAGUCCAUAAAUGUGAAGAAUAUGGACUCUUACCAAUUGAUCAUUCUUGCCAGCUUUAUGAUAAGUCAGACUUCGAGAUACAUUUGCAGUGAGUUUUCUGAACGCAAGAACUGAAAGCCAAAGUAUAUACAAAUUAAAAUGAACACGGGAAAGACAAAACCGACAUUGUACAACUCCAAAGACCUGACCAAACGUGAAGAGUUAUCACCACUGCUUUUAAACGAUAGGAGGAAUCUUGACUUUGAAGGCAGUAUCCAGAAUGCAGACGACGCCAAAGUUGUGAUCCUGACAUGUAAACCGAAUAUGGCGGCAAAAGCCAAGGAUGGCCAACUGCUUUACAAACAAAAGGUCAAGGAAAAUAUACGUUUCAUCAUUGGGUGGAUGCCAAAUGAAAAACAGAAAUAUAUUAUUUUAGAUUCAAGGUUUAAAGACUCUGAGAUGUUUGGUUCGAGCAAUGUUAGAUGGUUGAGGAAGAAAGGUUUAAAGCAUAUGCCGCGUUCGUUUAUUACAGCACUGGGAAAUACGAAUAUCCAAGCUUCUGUUACGAAUAGCUCUAGUAAAAGUUUUGUGACACUGUAUUUGAUACUUCAUCGGUGUGACCAUAUUCCUGGAACCUUUAGGUGUUUGAAUGUUGUGACUAUGAGAGAUAUAAGAACAAACAAUCACCGUUACCUAAGAGGUGACUUCAGAUUUAAAGAAAAUGAAUCAAAAUGUUCGAAGGGGAAACACAACGGUGGCUCCAAUGAAUUGAACAAUCUUUCUAAAGAGUAUAGAAGAUUUAUGGCAGAGAGUUUCAAUAGAGAAGGUUUUGGAGUGGCAGAAAUAAAACUUCAGGAAAUGAAGAAAGGUGAUAAGAGACAAAUAAGUGUACAGUGUAAAAUUGAACAGAAGUACAUUUACGAUGUGACAGAAGUGGGGGGAUUUUUCAUCUUUUACCAGCCCUUGUGGAUGGUGCCUCAAGCUCGCGUCCUACUAGUAGGACUGACAAAAACGGAAUUGUGGACGAACCCCUACAAUAUCCGAAUGUUCCCACAGUUCAAGGCAAUGCUGAAGGCCAAAGAUGCGAGUGGCAAAUUGGGUCAAGCUGACGAAGCCCAGUUUACUGUGAAAAUACCUCUGGACGAAUGUGACGCCCUCGCAGGAAACUUUCAAUGUGCAGUGGUAGCUAAGGUCAAAGGACAUACAAAGCACCCAGAACAUAAGCACUCGGAAGUAGAAAUGGAGAUAAUUCGAGCUGUUUACAAACUGCAGAGAACAGCAGUAUCAAAACCAACGGGAAAAUGUAUAAAAGGUAAACCAAGCGCUGAUGCAUUUGUGUCGUUGACUGUAGAAAAGGGACAAAAAGUAGAAAAGGGACAAAAGGUAACUGGGAAGUCUGAGGGAAUUAACAUAAGUCCAACCGUCAACUGGAUGAUGGCUGCAGUAAUGUUAGCGAGGAUCAUCUGUUAAUCAGGGAAUUUGAACAUAAGUUCUUUAUUUUUUUUUUGAGUGUAUACCAUCAAGUAAAAACUAUAAUCAAAACUUAAUGUGUUGCAGUUCCUUAACUGUCGUCAGCUAAUGAAGAAAGUAGAUCUAUUUUCAAAGCGUUUUUUUAUCCGCUACAUGUAAAUAUGAGUUAAUUUUUAUGCCCCCGUAAUCGGAGAUUCGGGGGCAUAUAGUUUU